AUGGAGCCUGCAGACCAAAAUAGCCCCCCAGCAGUGUAUGUGUUUGUGUGGUGUGUGUGUCUUAGUACUGUGUCCUGGGUGAGCUCUAAUAAUAGAGGCCCGUCUGCUCCUUUAAGAGCCUACUUGUUGCAUAUAGCCCGACUCCACAAACUACAUUUGAACAAAGAUGGUUAUCAAAGUUUUCCUCGCCUCUUCGUCGGGAUCCACUGCGAUCAAGAAGAAGCAGCAGGAUGUGGUGGGAUUCCUGGAGGCUCUUAAAGUGGAGUACGCUCAGCUGGACAUCGCCUGCAGCGAGGAGAACCGCAUGUGGAUGAGGCAGAACGUCCCGCAGGAGAAGAAGCCCUCCAACGGCAUCCCCCUGCCCCCCCAGAUCUUCAAUGAGGAGGGAUACUGCGGGGACUAUGAGACGUUCUUCGAUGCCAAGGAAGACAACGCUGUGUUUGCCUUCCUAGGGCUGCCUCCUCCCCCCGGCUCAAAGGAAGCAAAUCAGGCCGGCAUUGUGCAGAACGGGACCCACGCUGAGGAGACUAAUGCAGAGAACGGGAACGUUGAUGACUCAAUAGUAAUGGCGUCGUUUCUUUAUUCCCCCAGCAUUCUGUGUUUCUACUCCCUCUAUUAUCUUUCCUCUUCAUUCAGAGUAACUCGACUUGAACAUUGACUCCUCAUUCCUCCA